AAGUCAAACACUACACAAGCGGCAAGCACCAUCAGAGCUCAGCCACAAUGAACAAACACAGUUUGUUCUGACUUGUCUUUUUCUUUGGAGCCCUCUGCCUCUCUCAUUUAUAAGUACCCCAUUAGUCUCGUGUAUUGAGAAAAUGGCCAACAUUUCUGUACUGCUUUGUUUGGUCAUCACCAUUUUCGUAGCUUCUGGGUUUGCUAAUGGUUCUGGUCAUGAACCAAAGGAGAAGGUUGGUGUUUAUGAGCUCAAGAAGGGUGAUUUUUCUGUCAAAUUCACCAAUUGGGGUGCAACUAUCAUCUCCCUAAUCCUGCCUGACAAAAAUGGAAAGCUGGCUGAUGUUGUUCUUGGAUAUGAUUCAGUGAAUGAGUACAAGAAUGAUACUUCAUACAUUGGUGCCAUUGUUGGUCGCUUUGCUAACAGAAUCGGUGGCGCUCAGUUUACUUUGAAUGGAACACACUACAAGCUAGUUGCUAAUGAAGGGAAAAACAUACUCCAUGGUGGGCUUAGAGGAUUUAGUGAUUGUAUUUGGAAAGUGAAGAAGCAUAAAAAUGGAGGUCCUACUCCUUCCAUUGUCUUCACUUACCAUAGUACUGAUGGGGAACAAGGGUUUCCUGGAGAUGUUAUUGUCACUGUCAGCUACACUCUCCUUGGAGACAAACAAUUGAGCAUCAAAAUGAAAGCUAAGGCGCUAAACAAGCCAACUCCGGUGAAUUUAGCUACGCAUGUUUACUGGAACCUUGGCGGCCACAAUAGUGGUGACAUUCUCUCCCAAAAAGUUCAGAUCUUUGGAUCCAAAAUCACUCUGGUAGACAGUGGCCUCAUCCCCACCGGAAAAUAUGCAUCGGUGAAAGGAACACCUUAUGAUUUCCUCAAGCCUCAGGCUGUUGGAAGCAGGAUCGACAAGCUCAAGCUAACCAAAGGUUAUGACAUCAACUAUGUACUUGAUGGCCCAGCUGGCAACAAGUUGAAGCGCGCCGCUGUGGUGCAUGACAGCAAGUCAGGAAGGAUGUUGGAGCUCUCAACAAAUGCUCCCGGUAUGCAGUUCUACACAAGCAACUAUCUCAAAGAUGUGAAGGGGAAAGGCGGGUUUGUAUACCAACCACGUGCGGCAUUGUGCUUGGAAACUCAGGGAUUUCCGGAUGCUGUGAACCACCCAAAUUUCCCUUCAACAAUUGUGACUCCAACAAAGUCCUACAAGCAUUAUAUGCUGUUCAAGUUUUCUACUACAGCUUAAUCAUAUGACCAGGAGCGUGCAUUAACUGUUUCAUUUGUAGUGGAUGCUUUAGAUUUGCUAUUUAGUGCUCCACUGCUUGUAAAACCAGCUCCGACAAUUGAAUAAAGGAAUGCGAGGUUUUCAAAGU